ACAUCAUUGAAAAUGUGUUCUGGCUCGAAGGCUUAAAUUUAUUCGCUUUUAAAGUUAUUUUAUUUAUUUUAAUGCUAACAUAUCACCGUUUAUUUCAAAAGUUUAUUAAAACCCAAUAACAACUUUCAGCUGAGGACCUAUACAGAAACAACUUGGGCCGCGCCAUGUGUCCGAUAUGGCCCCUCCACAUCGUGAUCCUGUACAUCCUGGCACUAUGCCCCAUCUGGGUGAUGUGCCAGUCGGCGCCGAACCUCCUCGCCACAUUCAAACCCAACAAUCUUAGUCUGCACAUGGCAUAUUAUGAUUUCAUCGAUGUUGAAGUUAAAGGUGAUGGGUUACAGCCAGCCGACGAGUUCCAGAUAAAAUCCAGGAAUCACCACGUGGCCUACGGAGAUUGGAAUUCAACGUAUAGAGUGGACGAGGCUGCAUCUAAUUGGAAGGGACGGUUUCAGGUCACCGCUGAAUUUCUUGGUCGUACGGAUUUAUACCUGGAAGUGAAGCGUGGUACUACAGAGUUCCCGGUGAACGGCACACUGCCUGUCACCGUGUUGAGACCUCAGCGAGUCAUUGACACUAUAUUCACCACCAGUGUUGCCGUUUUCGUGUCGUUAAUCUUUAUAAACUUCGGAUGUGCGAUGGACUGGCCCACAGUGAAGGAGUGUGUGCGCAGACCUAUCGGCCCAAUCAUCGGUCUCUGUGGACAGUUUGUUUUUAUGCCACUGAUGUGUUUCGGUCUGGGUUUCCUGAUCUUCCCCACUCUGCCGGAGAUGCACCUGGGCAUGUUCUGCACGGGGGUGGCCCCGGGGGGUGGAGCGUCCAACAUCUGGACCUUCGUACUCGGUGGAAACCUCAACCUGUCCCUCGCUAUGACCACUAUAUCUACACUAUCCGCUUUCGGAUUCAUGCCUCUGUGGUUAUUCUCAUUGGGCCAGUUGUUGUUCCGUAACGCGAACAUAGCGGUGCCGUACCAACACAUCGGCAUGUUCGUGGCGGGCCUGGUGGUGCCCCUCGCUAUAGGUCUCGCUAUGCAGAAGUUCACGCCGCGCCUCUCCGCCUUCAUGGUGCGGAUAUUGAAAGGGUUCUCCACUCUGUUGCUGCUCUUCAUCAUUGUCUUCGCUAUUAUUACUAAUUUGUACAUCUUUGAACUGUUCACUUGGGAGAUAAUAGUAGCGGGUAUGGGUGUGCCGUGGCUGGGCUACAUCUUCGGGUACCUGGCGGGGCGCGUGUGCCGGCAGCCGCACGCAGACGCGCUCGCCAUCUCCAUAGAGACCGGCAUCACCAACACCGGCAUCGCCAUCUUCCUGCUGCGCUACACGCUGCCGCAACCUGAAGCUGAUCUCACCACUGUUGUCCCAGUGUCAGUGGCCAUUAUGACACCAUUCCCCAUGAUGGCAAUAUACAUAUAUCAGAAAAUAAAGGCUUGUAUGGGAGUUUCAAAAAGCGAAGAGAGGACAAGAAAAUCCUCGAAGAGAGUAACACCAGCUUCGUACCCGGGCUCCCCCAGCCCGCAGUCCUCGCUCCCCCUGAUGUCAAGUGAGCCCUGAAGGUGGCGCUGCAAACUCUUACCAUACACACACUCGCACUCAUGUCAUGUCAAAACUGUCUAAAAACAAUACAAUAUCAAAUGCUUGAUAAUUAAUUAAUAGUUAAUUUCUUAUUAAAUCUACACUUAGGGCCUGUUUGCGUGACUAUUAAACUUCUUUUGUAAGUAUGGCCUUUCUGGGUAUAUGAAAAACUGCGUACAAAAAGGAAAAAAAUAAUUGGUUACAGAAUAUAUUUAUUAGUAUUUUUAUUCUCUAAUUGUGGUAAGAAUUUGCGAAGCGAAAUGUUUUUUUUUUAUACACUUGUCAAUUAUAUAAUAUAUUGAAUGUAUCUUGAUAUCGAUUUUUGGAGCUCAAUUUAAGAGCUAUUUUUAUAUUUUAAAGAGGUUUUAUAUAUUUAUUAAAAAAAUAAUAAAUGUUUUAUACUCUACACACGUGUGUGUGGCAGAUGCCUUCAUAUGUUUUGGCGCCGCACUGACAAAUGUCACAUUCCGUUUGACAUUUAUAAUUGGUUUAGUAUGACAAACUUAUCUGGCCCGGUGAGUGGAAGUCAUUGCCAUUAAGUCUACUAGAAAAAUAUGUAAAACUUCUCACGGUAUAGAAAAGGCGACUAUAUUUAAACAAACAUAUCUGGACCGAUGAACACUGCUACUGCGGUUAGUAUGCCAGAAUAAAUGAGUGGGCAUAAAAAAUUCUAUUAAAAGAAAAAAAACAUUACACUACAGUAAGUAAAGCAUCCUUGUGACAAGGGGCGCUAGUGAGCUAUCGUACUUUGACUGAUGACCAGAUUAGAUAUCCUUGUCGGUCUACAGCGACAAUAAUCUUGUGUCUUGUUUUGACAGUAACAGGGUGGUUAGUAAGCUAAUUUAAUUUUACUUAACCACCGGGUCGAAUAAGUUUGUCGGGCUGUGUGAUUCACCUAUAAAAAUUUAACCAGUCUGCAUUAAAAUCUAUCUGCCCACGACACUUUCAAUUUAAGUUUUCUGUUAAUUUAAGCAUUUUAUAAUCGAUUAUAUUUUAUCUUAUUAAGAAUCCUCACAAAAAGUAGAUUUUCCCUGACACUAAAA